UGGUGGGACAUUUCGACAAGCUGACACACUCACACACACACUGCGGCACGGGGUGCGGGGGCUGCGGGGGCGUAAAAAGAGAAAACGAUGACGUGCCGGUGACGUGGUUUGGGGGUUUAAUCUGUGUGUGUGUGAGAGUGUAUGUGUGUCUGUGCUGCUGCUGCAGCAGAUAGAGCCGGUUAGGUGAGGCGGCGAGGAGGGGCUGGCGGCUAAAAACGACAUAAAAUAACACGAACCCCCCUAAAAAUAAGGAGCCGCGCAGAGAAACGAUAAGUGACUAAAUGCAACCGCAGGGACCGUGAUUUGCUGCAAGAAAGAAAAAAAGCGGAGCAGAGCUCCUCCUCUGCGGUGUGUGAGGUGGAGGAAGUUGAGGCAAUGCGAUAGAGGUCACUGUGCGUUUUUAUUGUUGUUCUUUCUCUCCGAGGCCGUGCACGCGCAGAAAGGAGCUGCCUUGCGUUUUUUUUUGCAUCGGACGGAAAUAAAUGGGUGAUUACGGCUUCGGUUUGCUGCACACGGCGAGUCUCAGCAGCGGCAGCAGCAGCAGUACCGGCGCGGCGCUCCUGUUCGGCUCCGGAGCCGCUUUCCGCUCCCUGUCCGGCUCCUCCUCCUCCCCGCUGGCCCCACCGGCCUCCUGCCCCGCUCCGCUCUUCUCCGAUGAUCCCGCGGGGGUGACCGGCUCGCAGCAGCUCGACGGCGGCGUCGGUGAAGAAGGGCAAGAAGCCACUGACGGAAGCCUAGUGUUAGCAUUAGCACCGGGCGAACGGGCGAGAGCCGGCGACUUUAAAGCGCAGGCCCCGUUUUGCCCCGCGCGUGACCUUCAGGAGCCACAGCCACCCCCACCCUCAUCCACCUCCUCCUCCUCCUCCUCUCCGUCGUCCGCCGCCUCCUCCUCCGUAACCGCAGAGCUCCGGCAGCUGGCGCCGGUGUCUGAGCCCGAGGCCGCGCCGCUCUCUCCCUCUCCCGGUACAGCGCAGCACCUCCAGAUGGACUCCGCUCACCUGCUCAGCAGCGGCGCUGGGGUGCUGGCCGGAGGCCUCGGAGCAGGCUUCCCCGGCCUCCCCCACCAGGACAUGGCCACCCCCGGAGGAGUCAGCGGCCCGGCCUCCCCUCCUCUCCCCAGCUUCGCAGCGCCUUGGUCGGUUCACACCAGCUCCCCUCCGCCUGGCCCUCAGCCGCAGCCUCCGCCGCCACCCUCCGGCUCCACCCCGAGCAGCGAGCCUGACAGCAGCUUCUAUCCGGCCCUGCAUUCAUCCAUGAGCCCCGGCUUCUUCCAGAGCUUCUCGCCCGUGCCGGCGAGUCCGUGCGCCGCCGUCAGUGUGCAGGGCUUCGGCGGGCCCUUCUCCCCGCAGCAGCCGCCGCCGCAGAGCCGCCGCUCCCCGGGUAGCCCCCACAACAUGGCCCCGCAGCAGCAGCACGGAGCUUUCCUGCAGCAGAGGAACAACUAUAACCACCACCAGCCCCUGAUGAAGCAGUCCCUGUGGGGUGGUCAUCAGGGCAGUGGUUGGAGCUCUGGUGGGAUGUCCUGGGGUAGAGAUCAUCGUCGUGGUGGGGGCAUGGGCGUGCCUGGCUCGCUCAGUCAGAUCUCCCCCAUGAAGAAGCCUUUCUCCAGCAGCGUCAUCGCUCCCCCAAAAUUCCCCCGCUCCACCGCCUCACUGGGGCCCAAGACCUGGGUGGAGGAGAAUGUAUUCCGCACCGACAACAACAGCAACACUCUGCUGCCUCUACAGGAUCGAAGCAGAAUGUAUGACAGUCUUAACAUGCACUCACUGGAGAGUUCUCUGAUUGACAUCAUCCGGGCAGAGCAGGACCCUCUCAAGGGCCGCAUGGGAUGUCCACAUCCUGGUGGCGACGGCCUGCUCAUGCUCAAUGCAAGGAGCUAUGGGAGACGACGAGGACGCUCCUCCCUGUUUCCCCUUGACGACGGCCUCCUUGACGACGGGCAUGGCAACCAGGGUGUUCCAGGGGUUCUGGGCUCCCCCAACUACCCACAUCAGAACGGGGAGCGCAUCGAGAGGUUUUCUCGUAAGGUGUUUGUGGGUGGCCUGCCCCACAUAGAUGAAGAUGAGAUCACAUCCAGUUUCCGGCGCUUUGGGCACCUGGUGGUUGAUUGGCCGCACAAAGCAGAGAGCAAAUCCUACUUCCCCCCAAAAGGUUACGCCUUUCUGCUGUUCCAAGAGGAAAGCUCUGUGCAGGCGCUGAUUGAGGCCUGUCUGGAGGAGGACGGAAAGCUCUAUCUGUGUGUGUCCAGCCCCACCAUCAAAGACAAGCCGGUUCAGAUCCGUCCUUGGAACCUGAGCGACAGUGACUAUGUGAUGGACGGCUCCCAGCCUCUCGACCCCCGCAAGACCAUCUUUGUGGGUGGAGUGCCACGCCCUCUAAGAGCAGUUGAGCUGGCUAUGAUCAUGGACCGUCUGUAUGGUGGCGUGUGCUACGCGGGAAUCGACACUGACCCUGAGUUGAAGUACCCAAAGGGGGCGGGGCGUGUGGCCUUCUCCAAUCAGCAGAGCUACAUCGCAGCCAUCAGCGCCCGAUUCGUCCAGCUGCAGCACGGUGACAUUGACAAACGGGUGGAGGUGAAACCAUACGUGCUUGACGACCAGCUGUGCGAUGAGUGUCAGGGGGCUCGCUGCGGCGGGAAGUUUGCGCCUUUCUUCUGCGCUAAUGUCACCUGCCUGCAGUACUACUGCGAGUUCUGCUGGGCCAACAUCCACUCCCGCGCCGGCCGCGAGUUCCACAAGCCACUGGUCAAGGAGGGAGCUGACCGCCCCCGCCAGAUCCACUUCCGCUGGAACUAACAAGCGCAUGGAAACACAGAGAGGGUGGCCAAGUUAGGCCAGGCAGCGCUGCGUGUACGGCAAGAAAAAAAGUGCUUCAAGCCCAAGUUAUCAGUAUAGAGCACCUAACAGUAUACAGUAUAUAGAGAUCUAUGAAUAUAUUUAUCUUUAUCUUUUGUAGCAGCCAGACACACUACACGCCUCAGUUUUUGUUUUGUUUUUGGUUCACCAAACCACCCCUACCUUUUGCUCCUCUUCUCCCACCCACCCCCACAUCUCAGGCUCAGAACAGAGUGUAUUUGUGGUACUUUCAUGUUUUUUAAAAAAGGAGAUUAACAAAAAAGAGAUUGAUUUUUUUGUAGUUUUUUCAAAUUAUUUUUAUAUGUGAGAUUUAAAAAAAAGUAGAUAUGAGAAUGUCUUUUGCUUGGGGGGCAGCCAGUGUGUCCGUCUGUCCGUCUGUGUGCUGCUAACCCCCCCUCUAGUGGGCAAAGUGCGCAAUUGUCUCUGGAAAACCCUUGAUGACGUAAUCUCUGAUGCCUGCCCUGGGUCUUCAACCAAAGGUAGCAAAAUGAUAGGAGGCAUGAAAAUGAGACAUUUCUGCCAUAGAAAACGAUAUUUUUCUCCCCUCUAUUGUUUUUAUGUGCUCUUAAUAGUUAAAAAAGGACGAUUCUAAAAGAAGAUUAGAGUUCUCUCCAUUUUUGACCUGCAAAAAGCGAUUAAUACCUCAAACCUGCGGAUCUGGUUUGUUAUUGCUCUAUCUGGCAAUUUAAUCACAAGCUAUAUGAGACGCUUUGCUGCUAUAAUUCUGAUAUAAUUGCUAGAUGUAUAGUUGUGAUAUCUAAAGGCAUCUUUAACGGAAUCGUGUGAAAAAUCUGAAUCGAAAUGCAGUGUGCACUCUCGCACGGGCGGAAGAAUGGAAUGUGAAAAAAACAUAAGUGCAUGUUUGUUGUCCUUGCAUCGUUUGCAUGCAGUAGGGUAUAGAGGUUUCCAACACGUAUAGGAAAAAAAAAAACAGGAUUCGUUUUACUGAUAAACCGAACACUAUGUAGCAUGAGAGAUAAAAAAAAUACAUUAGACUCUCAAGUAUAAGAUAAUAUCAAUAACGGUGAACAUUAAGGAAUACUAAGUCUAAAAUUCUUACUAAAAACCUUUUGCAUGCAUUGAUGUGAUAAUUUGUUUACAUACAUUGUUCUAUGGAAAAGCGUCAUUACUUCUUAGGUUAGCAACUUUUCCCCAUUUCGUGUAUCAGUGGUUAGUGAAGAAGCCGUGUGCUGUCCAGUGCUCGUGUGUCUCGUCUACGUGUUGUGCGACUCUAUUUAUGUGUGGAUUCAGGUUUUAGUUUAGUUACAACUUAGAGGAAAGUUAGAACAUCUCAACAUCUUGCCUUUGCCCCACUUAACCACCCCUCCCCUGUAUGCCACAUGCCCUCACUGGCUAAAAGGCUGCUGGUUUUAUUAUAUACCACUCAAAACAUAGUUUUGAUCUAGUUAUCCCAUUACUGUAGGUAUGAGUGUGUGGAGGUGAUUCUAGAAGGAAGCUUAUUCGCCUUUGCGUGAACGGAGGACGCCGCUCCUUCGAGGACACUUCGUCUCUUUUGCUCUGGACCUUGCUGUCCUUCAGUUAUCAACACGUGACUGUUUGAUAAAUGUAAAAAAGAAUAAUCAGUAGAUGUAGAUUACAGAUAUAGGUGGAGAUGGACCUAAAAACCCAGGAGAGUUAAGGAAAAUGCAACCCAAUCAAUAACAAAAAAUUAUGUUUUUAACGUAAGAGUUUUUUGUAAUGAAUCGUUGAUUUUUGUCUGCACAGUUCUCGUUGUCCUGUCCCAUCUUAUUGUAAUCAAGAGCAACUCUGUAGGCAGUGUUAGGGACAAUCUUCCUGUAAGCAAUGGAUGCUGUUCAGUGAAGCAGCGUUUUGGUACUGUAUUUGUGUUAGUUUAUCUUUAGCUAUCUUUCUGUACUCUCUAUACUUUGUUUGGCUGUCUUUCUAUCAAACUAGCUAGCAAGCUGCUAGCUAUCUUUACUAUCUUUCCUAUUUACACUCUUUGUUUGGCUGUCUCUGUCUGUCCAUCUAGUUAAAUAGUUAGCUAGCUAACUGCUAGCUAUCGUCUUAUAAUCUCUCUGUCUUGCUGUAUCUGUGAGAGUAGCGUGCUAGAUAUCUAGCUAGCUGCUAGCUGUCUUUCCACACUCAGUUUGCUGUCUGUCGAUCUAGCUAGACAGCUAACUGCUAGCUAUCUUUGCUAUCUUUGCUGUCUGCAGUCUUUGUUUGGUUCUCUAUAACUAUCAAACUAGAUAGUUAGUUGGCUAGCUGUCUUUCUAAACUCUCUAGGUUAGCUGUGUCUCAAAGGCAAGGAUGCAGCCAAGGAAGGCUGUGUUUUAUGGCCAUUACACCAGCUAAAGUGGUCCCCUUUUGUAGGACAGCAAGAAUGUGGCCUAGAAAUGGGUCCUUCAUUUCUGAGAAUUCGAAGGCCUAAACUGGUGUAUCCUUCAAGAACUUUAGUCCCCCUCAAUCUUUCACACGCAGCGCAAAACCGCUCAAAAAACAGUGCAAAGUUAGCACUGAAGAGGAGCUAGCAAGGCCUCUCCUACUUGACUGCAGCCUUCACUUUGAGGAACGUCUAGCUAGUUAGCCAGCUAGCUGCAACAUAUUGUCCUACACUUUCUUUAGCUCUCUAUAUCUGUUAGUCUAGUUAGCUGCCUGCUGGCUGUCAUCCUAAUCUCUCUUCAUUUGGCUUUCUCUAUCUGUCAGUCCAGCUAAUAAGCUAGCUGUUAGCUACCUUCGUGUACUUUCUUUGGCUCUGUGUCUCUUGUGUUUGUGGCUUUGGUAAUGUGUUCAGUGCCCUGGCGUGGUGUCCUGAGUAUUUGUGAUUCGAUUGUUUACGUGUCUACUGUUACCACAUUGAGAUGAGAUUUUGUGUGUUUUAUUUAUUGCUUUCUUUAUUUAACUCAAGUAUUUAUUUGUGGACGUGUCACCCAUUCCUAGACCGGUAAAUCUUCUAUUCUCAUGAUAACAUGCACUACUACUAAUAUGUACAUCCCUGGCGAGCCAUUGUUAUUGGAUUUGAAUCUGUUCUACUGUACACUCCAACCGCUAACCCAUUUUAAAAGCCAAAAACAAGAAAAAAAAGUAAAAAGCAAUCUUUAGCAGUUCUGUCUUUAACUUAUAGGGUGUUUUUAAUUUUAUACCAGAUUAUUUAAUAAUCACUUUAUUUAACUUAUUUGAUAAAAUCUUGCAAGACCGAAGGCCCGGAUUCAGAUUCUAGUGAUAGUGCUAAUCCAGUUAUAUACUCUGGAAGAGUUGUGGUGAUUCGCGGAAAUGAACGGUGCCCGAAAUGCUCGUUCUAUCAAAACGGUGAAGAAACGGUAGCAUUAGGACUAGUGAGCUGUGCCCCAAAGUCCAUGAAGGAACGUUUCCUGAACUGAGCCUGUCCAGAUUGGCUGAAGGAAGUGGCACCCUGUUCAUAGUGUCACCAUAUCCCUUUAACUCUGUACUGUUGAUGGAGUUCGUGAUCAGUACUGUGUCCUCUUCUCCGUGUGGAACACUGUUGCUUUGUACAUGUGUAUGUUUUUUUGUUUUUUUUUUUUGGUUUUUUUUUGUUUUUAUUUGUACAAAAUCAUAUUUAUUUCACUAUUUUUGUAGACGGCUCUUUGAUUUGGAUUGUAUUUUUCUAUUUCACUUAUUCUACACGCUUCAUUUCCCCGAUUAUUUAUGAUUCUGUUCACAAGCAGGGUUUCUGUUGAAAGAUAUUUAAAAAAAAGAAAGAAAGCCUAAGUGAAAGCUUUCUUAAAAACACCCAUGCAAUUUUGUGUAUAGUGAUAUAUUAAUAUAUACUGUAGUUGGUUUUAACGUUUUAACAUGAUUAAUAUAUAAGUUGAUCAUAGGUUUUAUUUUACGGAAGAAAACAACAUUGAGGGUUUUUAUUCUUUUUCAUGGAAAACACUUGAGACUCUCCCCCGGUUGCAUCGAGUCCUAGCAGGUCUCUCCUCACUGAUGCGCAGAAACUUGAAUAUAACACAUUUUGAAAGGCUGACUAACCUCGAAUCUGUGUUGUGACGUGCAAUACUGUUUCUAAUGUUUGUAUAAAAAGUGAGAAUUACAGUGUAUACCUUUUUAAUGCAGAUUUAUUUUUUUCAUUGCAUAUUUUGCAAAUUUCUGAUUCACAGUGUCAUUUUUUACUGUCAGAAAAAAGAUAAACCCCUUUUUUUCAUUGCAACUAUUUUUAAAUCCAGAUAUCUUUGUACUGAUGUAAAUGAUUGUAGUUAUUUUGGAUAGCGUUUUGCUAACAAAAGGAGAAACUUUUUCAUGCAUAUUUCUAUUUCAUUUCAUUUUUAUUUUAUCCUUUUUUUAUUUUUCUUUAAUAGUAGCAAAACUUGGAAUAAUUUUUCAUAUAUGUCAUUAAUAUUAUUUUGUAUUUUUAUGUGGAAAUAUAUAAAUAUAUAAUUUUAUGAUGCUAAUUGCUAAGAUAUUAUUUUAAUUUGAAUUAUUUUUAAAGCUAAAAUCUUUGUAAUAUUGUUAAUGUUACUAGUUUCUAAAUCAGAGUUUGUGUAUAGAUUCCCUCAAGUGGUUUAUGAAGUGUUCGGAUUGUAAUUAUUACUGAAUGGAUCUUUGAUAUGCAAAAUGAAUAUCAUGUUGAUUUUUAUUUUGGUUUGUUUUGUAUUUAAAUGGGGUGUUGAUUACAAUCUUAUUUCUUUCAUUUCCUGAAUAAAGACCCGUUCUGUUCGGACACA